CCUAAAUCCAUUACAAGAAAACAAACCUACCUUAUUUUUUGAUUGCUUGUAUAAUGACGCAUUAAACUUUAUUGGAAAAAGAUAUGGCUUUGUUGAGUGUUUGGAAGUUAAGUUUCGAAGCUUUUCUUCUAGUUCUAUUCUCCAGAGUCUGUCUGUUUGUCCCAUCUGAUCCUGGUCAGUGUUAUAGCUGGGAUAUCUUCCAACAUGGCCAUUUGCUAGGAAAUAAAUUGCGUAUGAUAGAAAAUAUAGGACCAUUCACAUGCAUCAGGGAGUGUCUUUUAAGAAAAAGUUGUAAGUCCAUAGACUAUCUACAAUACUAUAAAGCUUGUGAAAUCAAUUUUGACAACACAUCUAAGGAUAAUCCUCUAGAACAGAAACUUCUUCCAUGGCGGCAUCUUGAAAAAAGUGAUAUGUAUAAAUUGUUAGAUGUAUCUCCUUGUAAUGAUACAGUGUGUGGAGUCAAUGAGAGAUGCGAAGUCCUGGCAAACGAUUCAGUUAGCUGCAGCAUAACAGGUAAUCCCAUCACACAAUCUGGUUUGAAAAAGAGAUCAAAAUAUUACUAA